AUGGAUGCUGUUAAACGAUUCUUCUCUUCCCCGCGCUUUGCUGUGGCGGGCGCCAGCAAUGACACCACUAAGUUUGGUUACAAGAUUCUCGCAUGGUAUCACCAGCACUCACUGCCUGUAACACCACUCAAUCCACGAGCAGCACAGAUCUCACUCCCCUCGCGUGCUUACGAUACGGUUCCCUCACCUGCCGGGCUACCCUCGCCCACGCAGACCUCAUUGUCCGUGGUGACACCCCCGCCAGUGACUCUGAAGGUACUUCAAGAAGCCCAUUCUGUGGGUAUCCCUGCCGUCUGGCUGCAACCUGGUACCUUUGAUGACCAUGUAUUGGAGUUUGCGCGGGGACACUUCGAGGCGGUGAUCGCGGGUGAUGGGGGCGAAGGUGGAGAAGGCUGGUGUGUAUUGGUGGAUGGUGAUGAUGGACUUGAAGCUGCUGGAGUCCAGUGGACAAGUCAAAAACUAUAG